ACGUACACAAAAUAUAAUACAAAAAGAAGAUCGCCUCAGUCGCAGGGUGAUGACGUAGCGGCAGGAAAAAUGGAGAGAAAACACAUGUCUGCUCUUGAAUUGUAUAAAAUGAUGUCAACGGAGGCGCCUCCUCCUGCAAAAAAUCCUCCAGCAUUGGUGGUGCUCAAGAAGAAAAAGAAAAAGGAAAACGGACUUCCCGUGACAAGAGUCAACAAAGUUAAAGCUCAGGUGAAGUCAGAAAAGAGAAAAAUGCAGAAGAAGCUGCAGAGGUCUGCACACAGAGAGGCGGUCCUGAUGCCAAGGGCAGAGAAGCCAGGAGAAGAGAACCAGGAGGAGAUGGAGUGUGUAAACGGCGAUGGUUCAACUCUGGAAGUUUUGCUGUCAGACCUGGCAAACGUCAACAACAGCAGAGAACGAGCCGCUCAGUUAUUCCAGUGGCUCAUCAACCCCGUUCCUACAAAAACCUUCUUCAGGGAAACGUGGGAAAAGCAGCCUGUCCUCAUACAGAGGAAGAAUCCACAUUACUACAAAGGACUGUUCUCCACGGCAGAGUUUGAUCGCAUUUUAAGAGAGGAGGACGUACAGUAUGGGGUGAACCUGGAUGUCACGAGCUACACAAACGGCGCGAGGGAGACACACAACCCUCCAGGCAGAGCUCUGCCCUUCACUGUGUGGGACUUCUAUGAGAGCGGCUGUUCUCUGCGGAUGCUGAAUCCUCAGGCGUUUUCCUCCACCGCCUGGAACGUUCUGUCCAUUCUUCAGGAGCACUUUGGCAGCAUGGCCGGAGCCAACGUAUACCUGACGCCACCUGGAACUCAAGGCUUUGCUCCACAUUAUGAUGACAUUGAGGCUUUUGUGGUUCAGUUGGAAGGGAAGAAACACUGGCGAGUUUACAACCCCAGGUCAGAAAAUGAAGUGCUGCCUGUAUUUUCAAGUCCAAACUUUAAAGACACCGACAUCGGGAGCCCCAUCCUUGAAGUGGUGUUGGAGGCUGGAGACCUCCUCUACUUUCCCAGAGGAUUCAUCCACCAGGGCGACUGUCUGCCGGACGCUCACUCCCUGCACAUCACCAUCUCCUCCUUCCAGAAGAACAGCUGGGGCGAUCUGCUGCAGAAGGUGGUUCCUGCUGCUCUGGAAGUAGCAAUGGAGGAGGACGUGGCCUUCAGACAGGGUUUACCUCUGGACUACCUGACCUACAUGGGGGUUCAGAAUUCAGACAUGGACGACCCGCGCAGAGAGAAAUUCUUUGCACGAAUCGAGACCUUGUUGAAGAAGCUGAAGUAUUAUGCGCCGGUGGAUGCAGCUGUGGAUCAGAAGGCCAAAGACUUCCUCCACGACUGCCUGCCUCCUGUACUGACACCAGAUGAACUGGCCACUAGUGUUCAAGGAGCCUCUGUUAGCUGGGAAGGUGGGAGAGUUGUGCACAGGGGGGCACAGAUCAACAGCAAGACUCGGGUCCGACUCCUCCGUGCUGGAUGUGCCAGGUUAUGCAGCAAUGAAUCGGUUCAUCUUUAUUACACCACGGGCAAUUCCCGAGUUUACCACAAAGAGGAGCUCAAGAGUUUUGAAAUAAAGACAGAGUACACAGAUGCCAUAGAGCUCCUGAUUCAUUCUUAUCCUAAAUAUGUGACAGUUGGAAGUUUCUCCUGUGAUUCUGUAGAGGAAAAGGUCUGUGGUUUUCAAAAUAUCUUGCAAAAAAAUGUUUUAAUUUUUUUUUCUUCUGAAUUUUUAAUGACUUUUCAUUUUAAAAUGAAGAAUGUUUCACCGGUUGUUUUGUUCUAUUUUUGUUUAGGUGGAAUUGGCUGAGCUGUUAUUUGAAAAGGGGAUCAUACACACAAAAGAACCUCUGUGAUGACAUCAUUGCCCUCAGUCUUCUUAAUUACAUACAACAUACAUUUUCUGUUUUUUCUGUCGUCAUAUACAGACAAGGACUUUGUAAAUUCAGUUCAUAAUGGCCACCAAAUAAACCAGCUGUGAAAUUGAAA